AGCUGGCAAAGCGCAAUGCGGCAGCUAAGAUGCUGCUUCGAGUGCACACGGUACCUCUGGACGCCCGAGAUGGCAACGAGGCCGAACCUGAUGACGAUCAUUUUUCCAUUGGCGUGAGCUCCCGCCUGGAUGGACUAAGGAACCGUGGGCCAGGCUGCACCUGGGAUUCCUUACGGAAUUCUGUGGGAGAAAAGAUCCUGUCCCUUCGCAGUUGCUCCGUGGGCUCUCUGGGGUCUUUGGGCUCUGCCUGCUGCAGCGUCCUCAGUGAGCUCUCUGCGGAGCAGGCUUUCCAUGUCAGCUAUCUGGAUAUUGAGGAACUGAGCCUGAGUGGGCUCUGCCAGUGCCUAGUGGAGCUGUCCACGCAGCCGGCCACUGUGUGUUAUGGUUCUGCCACUACCAGGGAGGCAGCCCGAGGUGAUGCUGCUCGCCGCGCACUACAGUACCUCAGGAUCAUGGCCGGUAGCAAAUAGCACCCACUACAGUGAUGGAUAUCUGUUACUUCUUGCUCCUUCUGCCCUGGGUCUAUGCGACUGCCUAGCUCUGGUGCCCUCCAGAGGUGCCAUCUCUACCUCUGACACAGCUCGCCUGCCUUGAGACUGAGGAAGGCACAGGCAAGCAAGGAGCCAUGAACCACAGGGCCCCAGCCAGCGCAGGGUUUGCCCUCAUUCCAUGGAUGAUGAAUGAAAGGAAAUUGGAAUUCUAUUGGAAUCCAGAAUAAAUGCUGCUCUUUGGCUUCUUAAA